CGUUAUUCCAGUUCCGGUCCGCCUCUUCCGGUUCUCUUUCCUGCCUCCUUUCCAAGAUGACUAAGAAGAGAAGGAAUAACGGACGCGCCAAAAAGGGCCGUGGGCAUGUCCAGCCUAUCCGCUGCACAAACUGUGCUCGGUGUGUACCCAAAGAUAAGGCCAUCAAGAAGUUUGUCAUCAGGAACAUUGUUGAGGCUGCAGCUGUGAGGGACAUCUCGGAGGCUAGUGUAUUUGACUCUUAUGUGCUGCCUAAGCUCUAUGUGAAACUGCAUUAUUGCGUGAGCUGUGCCAUCCACAGUAAAGUGGUGAGGAACCGUUCUCGGGAGGCCCGUAAGGACCGGACACCACCUCCACGGUUUAGGCCUAGUGGUGUUGCCCCCAGAGCUCCUCCAAAGCCAAUGUGAAGAAUGAGUCAAAAACUGUACAUUUAUGUGCAAAUGGAAUAAAAUGAUUUGACGAUAAAA